AUGGAAAUGUACAUUGAUCAGUUCGGCGGUCGAGAACGAGGAGCGGAUGCCAACACCGCCGAACCCGGCGGCCAAGUAUGCAUAUGCUGCCAAGAGACCGUGGCCGACGAAUUCAGGGCACCAUGCAAAUUCGACGCAUUCUGGUACUGCCCCGAUUGUCUCCUGGCCUUCCUGGAAGUGGCCUGCAAGGAGGUGACCAACGACGAGGUGUUCCCCCCGAGAUGCCACUCGGCUGUGGCCAUCUUCCCGACGAGGAACUUUCCCGUCUCGCGGGACCACAUCGUCUUCAAACACAUCCCCCCGCAAGCACGAAUCCGGGCCAUAGACCUGUGGGAGAAGGCCCAGACGGGUCGGGCGCCAGGCCCGGCACCCAAGGCGGGCAUCACCGCCAUCGACCGAGACCUCGUGCAUCAGAUCCUGAACACGCAGCGGGGCGAAUACCAGUUCACGCCCCGGCCAGGCAUGCGGCAAGUUAGUAAACCACUCGGCCGGCUGUAA